AUGGAACAAACGUCUCAUGGAAUGGCAAGCCCCUCUUCAUCGUCCGGAUUCCUUCCGCUUGGCCGGCGUGGAUCGAGGGGCUCUCUAGCCACGACCCAUACUGAGAGAGAAAACAUUGAUGCAGCUCUCGACCAGAUCCACAGCGCGGCGUACCAGUCCGAUUCCCUGACGCUUUUCAACGAGUUCACCAGUCCCCCCGCACCGGCAUCCGCUUCGGACGAGAAAGGUUCAUCGGAGGAGCUGCAGCGGGGGCUAAGUGGACUAUACAGUCGCUUCAGGACAUCAGUUGGGGGUAUGAGAGACAUCGUGAGCGGCGGGGCAAAAAUUGCGGACAGAAGUGCUGCGGAGAGCCCUGCGGUCAAAAGUCCGACCUUAGAGCGGUCCACGAUCAAGACUAUCCCAGACCUAGCGACCAGCUCGGUAGAUUGCCCGCCAUCACACCCUGACCCCUCGCAAGGUUCCGGACUGCAUUCUCCAACUGUGUCAACCUUUCAUCCUGAUCAGGAUGCUGCACCACAGCCAACCGCUGGCAAGAGCUCCAGAAUUUCAUCAAAAAGCGCUAGCAUAUCCUCCAAGGCAUCCGUCUCCCCCGCUCCGGGGGCGAAAGCCAAUAUUACCUCACUGACAAAGUCUGCUGGCAGCUCUAUCGCAGCAGACCCAGCGAUCACCCAACUACAUGUGAACGUCGCUGGUCCACGCCGCCGUUCGCGAAGCAGCUCAGUUAACGUGCCUUCGCAAGGAAUCCAAAAUGCGGAAUCUUCAAGUAUCGGUAGUAGGGAUGGUCCUAUGGAGAUGUCCGUCAGCCAAUCUUCUUCGAUGUUAAGCCAGGGUACCUCCCAUUCACCAGUGUUGUCCACGAAAAGACAGGAAACCCUCCAUGAAGAACAGGGUAUAAUUGAAGCUAGCGAAUCUCUUGCUUCUACCGGCCAUGUUUCGGAUGGCCAGCCGCGAAAGCCGUCGAAUGCGGACCAAUCCCGGCCCCAUGAUAACAUUUUUCAGCAAGCUGCGCCACGAACUUCAAAGCACUCCGAACUCACCCAGGACUCGAAAUCUCUGAAUCAGGAAAGCAGAUCCAACUCGCGGAUGUCUUCUAGUGUACGUGAUGAGUCUACGGUGCCACCUUCAGUGUCAAAUAGCCUCUCGAAGAUUACGCCGCAGGACGGGGGUUCUUACGUUGUGGACUCGGCUUCCGACAGCAUUGUUCCAUCAGCUUCUCGCGAUGAAGAAGCAAUCGGCGACGUAUCAAAGGCUAUCAUCCCGACAAUUCCGACAAUGCCAAACGAGAAACCGCAUGCGCCGCCUGCAAGGAACCGAUUGCCAGGAUACGUGAUGUCCCGAGCCUCUACUGCCGAAACAACCACUACUGUGGCUUCUUUACCGCCAUUGAAUACAGCAGUUGCACCAAUAACGAGGCAAGCGUCGAAUGGAAACCAGCCGCCGAUCGCAGGCGAUGGUGUUCUAUCUCAGCUGCGGAGUAAACUGCUCAGCAGAGAUUUCUGGAUGCGCGAUGAAAAUGCCAAAGACUGCUUUCACUGUGGAGAGCCCUUCACUACAUUCCGCAGGAAACAUCACUGUCGUACCUGUGGUCAGAUCUUUGAUUCGAAGUGCACCCUUCUGAUUCCUGGCACGCGGUUUGGGCAACCUGGCACGAUUCGCGUUUGCAAACCCUGCGAAGCAAUGAUCAACGCACGGGAUGACGAUUCUUCUGAGUGUUCGGACAGUGAGCAGAGUCCCAUCAUCAUGAAUCCACGAGGUUCUGAACCCAGUUAUGGCGGUGGGAACGUUCGCCCUUCUGUCGACGACGACGAUUCGUCUUCUAUCGUCUCUCAAUCUAUCGAUCAUGUACUUAGGACCCCGACGAUGGCUAUCCCGGCCACACGACGCGCAGGAGAAGGCCACAAUCGUCGUUCGGCAGUCCUUGAAAUCAAUUCCGACCGCCCUUUGACCAGACCUACCUCCUCGCGGUCAUUGCGGUCAUCACUAGGAGUUAGACCGCACUCCAUCAGUCAUAAGCGACAUCAUUCACGGCAACAGUACAUCCGAAGCUUUAAACCCUCCCACGAGGAUCGCGCGCCUUUCCAACGUCGCCACCAUGACGAUUUGAACGCUGAGAGUAGACUUCCGGCGUUCCAUAAAGACAACAUUAUUGACCCUGAUCUGGCACAGUACCUGUCGGAUGAUGCUUCCAGUGGUGAUGAGCAACCCAGCUUAUUGUCUGCGGUUUCCGAAGGUAACCUCUCCAAGAGCGGCGGCGACAACGAGAGAGCAGCGGGAUUUGGUGGCUUUCUUGCUGUUAUGAAAAAAGGCCGCUCUGCAUUUGGCGAUCGAGGCGCACCCAGUGUCAGUCAAUUCGGUCGAGACGCAGAUGAGGCAAGCAUCACCAGUUCGCGGGCAGUCAACUUGCCGCGUUCCUCGCGACGUCGGAAUUUGAGCGUUGCUAGCAGCAUUCAUGCGCGUAAUUCGCCAAGGACGUCAAAGGACAAUAUGUUCUCUCAUGAUCUAUCCUUACCAGGGGCUCCUCUUACUGUUGGCCUGAAACCACCCGGAUUUAAGAUGACCAGAAGUUCAUCAAUGAGAGGGGCCGAGGCACCGCCGGCGGAGCUCAACAGGGCCAGCCUGGAACAUGUACAAAGGCUUUUGUGGCAGCUACUGGUAGAAGGAUCUGUGCCAAACAGCGGCAGCUGGGAACGCGCCCUGAUGCCAAUUAUCUUGAAAGCGGCGGAUGAAGUGGACCCGGAUGUUCAGCGCGGGGACGAUAUGGAUAUUCGUCAUUACAUCAAGCUGAAAAAAAUACCCGGUGGCAGGCCUGGCGAUACUUCCUACGUCUCUGGACUUGUUUUCACCAAGAACCUUGCCCUCAAGAGUAUGCCAAGAAGCAUUCCGCAUCCAAAUAUCUUGAUCAUAACAUUUCCGCUCGAAUAUGCGCGCCAACAGCAGCACUUCAUGAGUCUCGAGCCUCUCAUCCGACAAGAGCGCGAGUUUCUCGAGAACCUUGUCAGUCGAAUUGCAGCUUUACAUCCAAAUUUGCUGCUUGUCGAGACAAAUGUCUCCGGUCUAGCACUCGCUCUUCUCGAACAAGCGGGCAUUGCUACUGCGUAUAAUGUGAAACCGUCUGUUCUCGAAGCGGUUUCAAGAUGUACUCAAACCAGAAUCGUGACCUCUAUGGACAAACUCUUGACAACCACCCUUCAUAGUGAUUGCAGCAGCUUCGAUGUCAAGACCUACGUACAUUCUGGUCGGAAGAAGACAUACAUGUACAUCUCCGGAUGUCCCAAAGAGCUUGGAUGCACAAUCGUUCUAAGGGGCGGCGACGAAGAGAUACUUGGGAAGGUAAAGCAGAUCACCGAAUUUAUGGUCUAUGUCGUGUACAAUCUGCGUCUUGAAACGAAUCUGAUGAGAGAUGAGUUUGCCAAACUGCCGACAACCUCAUACAGCCAUGCUCACAGGCCCAUCUGUGCCUCGGAAAGGAAGGUAAACCCCCAAUUGGCUGCCGAUGAGGGCAAGGAUGGUGCCACCGAGUCGGAGGUUCCGAAUGAGAAACCAGCAGAGGGAUUUGAGAUCAAAGCGCCCAUGUCUACAGAAAAUAUUGAAGUCCCUGAUGAUGUUCCGAUGCCAACAUAUCACGACGACAUGGUUCAUGAUCAUCAGACUAAGAUCUUGUCUGCCUCACCGUUUGUCAAGUUUGAACCACCGUAUCUCCUCAUGCGGACCAGAGAGAUGGAACGUCGACUGGCCUACCUCAAACGUCUCCGUGACCAAGACGGGUACUCUGAACAAAGUGCAGAAGAGCAGGCUAAGCCUCAGAAGUUCAUUCUCAUUACCCCUGAGAUGGUUCAUGACUCUCCCCCUGAUGCUCCACCAAAAGUUAAAGAGGUCCUGCGCGCAGCGCAUGACGCUGAAUACGACCGUGUCCUUUACCAUUAUCAAACUCAGAAACGACAGUGGGAAGCCUAUGUCUCAGGAAAUUCCAACAUGUUCGAUCCGUAUGCUCACCAGAACAUCGUGGUCCUCUACAGCCUUGUGUGCACCACGACUUCAGUACCGUGCUCUGGGCCUGACAUUUUUGCUCUGGAGUUCUAUAACGAACAUGGGGACGAUACGAUAUUCGAGCCUGACUGCACGAUUGGGCAGUAUGUUGACGACCUUUGCCACACAGCGAAUGCCGUCUGCACCGUCAAUGGCUGUGAAAAGCGCAUGUUUGAGCAUCAUCGACAAUAUGUCCACGGCGAUGCCCAGAUUAGUGUUUUGGUCCAGCCUUACCCUUCCAAGCUUCGAGGGAUGCAAGAUACGGUUUUGAUGUGGAGCACUUGCAAAAUCUGCGGCAAUGAAACCCAGGUCACUCUGAUGUCUGCAAACACUUGGAAAUACUCUUUUGGCAAAUACUUGGAGGUCUCCUUCUGGGGCAGGAACCUCCAUGCCCGUGCGGGUGUAUGUCCUCAUGACCUCCAGCGAGAUCAUCUCCGCUACUUUGGCUUCAAAGAUGUUGCCAUUCGCAUCCAGUAUGAUCCAAUACACCUCCUAGAGAUUGUUGUUCCACGACCCCGUGUUACCUGGAAGGUGGAUAAUGAUUUGAAGUUGAGAAACCAAGUUUACUCCGACACUGGAGAUCGUCUCAACAAGUUCAUGAGAUCUGUUAAUGUGCGACUGAAGGGCAUCAACGUGGAAAGUGUUCUACCUGAACUCCUGGAUGGAUGCAGGAAGGAGAUUGAAAUGUUGAUCAAGAAAGCCCAUGAGGACCAUGCUUCUCUAAAUAAGCGUCUGCAGGACAAGUACACCAGUUCCCGUUACUGGGAAGUCAUCCCCCUGAAUGAGGUUCUUCGCGCUGUUCAAGAGAAGGUGGUUGAAUGGGACACUAUUUUUGCAGACUUCGAGAAGAACUUCUUUCCAUCAGAGAAAGAUAUCAAGAGACUGGCGACCUUGCAACUCAAGAAAAUCUUCCUGGACAAAGAUGCAACAUCCUUGACUUCUGAUGAUGCGCUUCACACCCCCACUGGCAUGGAAGGUGAGACCAUUGAAACGAAUGAGAAGCCAAGAAUGAUGCGACGCAUGACACUUUCACCUGAGAAGGCUCAAAACGUGCUGGUCUCAGUUGUUGAGGAGCAUACCGGCAAAAAGCACCGAGAUUCACCGACCGAAGCUACCGAGCUCCCCUCUUUGCUUACUCCAACUCAUGAUUUGGCACCUGAUGCUGUCAAUGGCAAAAGAGAUACCCCGCAAGAUGCAGCUGUUGCGCAAGAGGAGGUCCGACACCUUGAUUUGGCUGUUCUAUCGAGCCAACCCGAACAAAAGCCGCUUGACCCAGCCUCUCCUCUCAGUCGAGCAUUAUCCAGCUCAGAUGCUUCGGCGGUACUUGCUGAGGCUGAGCCUCAUCGAGAUCUCAAGGAUUCCACAGAUUCAUCCUUUGUGUCUUCCCCGGCAACCAAGAGCAGAGCCAAGGAAGACAAUACCGUCACCGAUCUUCCAAGUACUCCGCCCAAUCGACCAUCGGCAAUCCCAAGGCUUGCUGAGGGUGCUUUUCGACGGUCUGGGAAAGCGCGUUCUCCUCCAUUGAUCCGUGCACAAUCUCAACCUGCUCAUCUCGUCAGAGAGAAAUCGUUUGGCCUCAAACUCAGUCACACAAAUUCCAUUGAUUCCGGAAGCUCACGAAGCGACUCGACCAAGACAUCGGAAAAGAAGUUUACUGAACGCCUUGGGUUGAGUGUCCUUAAGAAUGGGCGAUUUGCCCCGGGGCAUUCCCUUAUUCCUCGCUCCACUCCAAAACGAGGCAGUUCUCGCGUAUCAAAUCUCGCCAGGCACUUCGAGCAACUAAGCCGUGAGUUCGAAAAGGAAAGACAACGUGAGAGACGCCAGCGAGCAGCUAAAGGCACUUAUUCACGUGCAUUCCCCCUCGCAUCUUCGAAGCCAAUUGUUGAGGUCUACCGGAAUGUGAAAGAGGCCGUUGAAGAACGGGAACCACAUGUUGACGGGGAAGAUUCUCUGCCGGCAGCCCCACAAAUCAUCCCGGAUGACAUGGGCCGAAAGAGUGACGAUUCCAUGGAUCAGAGGGGACCUGAGGAAGCUGUUGCAACAUUUUCAGGCCAGGAGACGCCCUCGGGAUCGUUCGAGGCCAGGGGCAUUGUCCCCUCUGAUUCUCAGCUCAUGUCUGAGGGUGAGGCAGAUGAAGGACGCAGUGACGAAGAACGUAACUCUGGUGAAGACCUCCAUCAUGUGGACUCCCAAGAAGACGCCAAAAUGCUGCCUUACGAUGACUCGAUUGAUUUCAAGGAUCUUCCUAAGCAUGAAAGAACAACCCUAUUGAAGAUGUUGACAAACUUUUGGUCUGAGCGAUCCGCUAGCGGAUGGACGGCCCUUGAUUAUCCUCUCAGUGGGGGAGAUCACGUCUUUGCCGACUGCGAUAUCAUCGUGCGCGAGGACGAGCCAAGUUCUCUGAUUGCAUUUGCUCUGGACUCUUCUGACUACAAGGAUAAGCUGGCUAGCAUUCAAGAACGGUACGAUGAGAUAGAGGGUCAUCACUCAGAGUUUGAAGAUGAGUCCGAGGUCGCCAACGAAGCUCGGUUAGAGCAUGCUCUCUUGCGGCAGACAGGAACUCAUCUCAAGUAUCAGUUCCAGGAAGGCCAAGCCAAAAUGCUGUGUAAAGUUUUCUACGCCGAACAAUUCGAGGCGCUUCGCAAAAAGUGCGGUGUUGCUGAUCGCAUCGUGGAGUCGCUGUCCCGUUGCUUGAAGUGGGACUCCAAGGGCGGCAAAACAAAGUCAAUCUUCCUCAAGACCCUGGACGACCGGUUUGUCCUCAAGUCACUGGCACCUGUCGAGACCCAGGCCUUCUUGAAGUUCGCUCCAGCGUACUUCCAGAUAAUGUCCGAGGCGCUGUUUCACGACUUACCCUCGGCAAUUGCCAAGAUGUUUGGAUUUUACCAAAUCAUCAUCAAGAACCCGGUAACGGGAAUAGAGCAAAAUUGGUUCCUGUUGCUGAUGGAGAAUCUGUUCUAUGAUCGUGCUCCUAAUCGUCUCUUCGAUCUAAAGGGCUCGAUGCGCAACCGCAAGGUAGAAAGCACCGGUGAGCAGGAUGAAGUUCUGCUGGACGAGAACAUGGUCGACUUUAUCUACGAGACACCCCUAUUUGCACGAGAGCAUUCAAAGAAGCUUCUAGGCCAGAGCGUGUGGAAUGAUACCCUAUUCCUCGGCCGCCAGAAUGUCAUGGACUACUCGUUGAUGAUAGCGAUUGACGAGAAACGCAGCGAGUUGGUGGUCGGAAUCAUUGACUGUAUCCGAACAUACACUUGGGACAAGAAGCUUGAGUCUUGGAUCAAGGACCGAGGCUUUGCUGGUGGUGGUCGCAAUCGUCCAACGGUGACGAGUCCGAGAGAGUACAAGAGUCGCUUCCGAGAGGCGAUGGCACGAUAUGUCCUACAGGCCCCAAGUUGCUGGCAUCAAUUUCAACCAAGCGCGAUGUACCGGUACCCGCAGGGUGAGCAACAAGUCACCAAUGUCACAGACUUGGACGCCAUCGAUGGGGCUGAUGCCGGUGCUUUCUAA